UACACGUCUGGGCCCCGCCUCCUGGCCCCAGCAAAUUCCCCCUCCCAUUCCGGAGGGGGCGUGGUCCAGAGGCCGCGGCUCGCUAUUGGCCGGAGCCCGGGAGGUCUGGGGGACGGGGCGGGGCCUCGUCGAUUGCAAGGGGGCGGGGCAGAGGUGGGCUUGGCCCUGGGGCUGGCGCGGGCUGGGCUGCCUAGGCGGCCGAGGCAGGCUCGGCUGCCCCUAGCUGUGGCUGCUCCUCCUCCUCCUCCUCUCCCGAGCGGCCACCUCCCAGCCCCCCGGCCUCCCUCCCUCGGGCCGGCCGGCGGGCGGCCCCCAUGGAGCUGCACAUUCUUGAGCACCGGGUCCGGGUGCUGAGCAUCGCCCGCCCCGGCCUCUGGCUUUACACGCACCCGCUAGUCAAGCUGCUCUUCCUGAGGCAGCGGAGCCGGUGCAAGUUUUUCAGCCUGACAGAGACCCCGGAAGACUAUACCCUAAUGCUGGACGAAGAAGGCUACAAAGAGCUGCCCCCGUCAGAGUUCUUACAAGUGGCCGAGGCUACGUGGCUGGUGCUCAACGUUCUGUCCAACAGUAGCUCCGCCACCAAUUUUCAGGCUGUUGGUGUCACCAAAAUCGCCAGGUCUGUCAUUAGCCCGCUGGCCGAGCACCACGUGUCAGUGCUCAUGUUGUCCACGUACCAGACGGACUUCAUCCUGGUUCGGGAGCAGGACCUGCCGGUGGUGAUCCACACUCUGGCCCAAGAGUUUGCCAUCUACCGGGAGGUGGAUGGAGAGCCCGUGCCAGUGGCCUGUGACGACGCCAGCAAUGGCUUCCACAAAGCCAAACUAGGACCCAGCCCCACCGUCCACCCCAUCCAGAGCCCCCAGAACAGAUUCUGCAUCCUCACGCUGGACCCCGACACCCUCCCUGCCAUCGCCACCACGCUCAUGGAUGUCCUGUUCUACUCCCACAGCGCUUCCAAAGAGGGGGCUUCCGAUGACCUGGACCUCGACUCCAUCCCCUUCUUCGCCUUCUCGCGCAUCGAGGGCUAUAUCUCUAUCGUCAUGGACGCAGAGACCCAGAAGAAGUUCCCCAGUGACUUGUUACUCACCAGCUCCUGUGGAGAACUCUGGAGAAUGGUUCGAAUCGGGGGCCAGCCCCUGGGCUUUGAUGAGUGUGGCAUCGUGGCCCAGAUUGCUGGGCCCCUGGCCGCUGCCGACAUCUCCGCCUACUACAUCAGCACCUUCAACUUCGACCACGCCCUGGUACCUGAGGAUGGCAUCGACAGCGUCAUCGAGGUCCUACAGAAUCGUCAGGAGAGCUGCCGGUAGUGGCUGGAUGUGGACUGGAUCUCCCUGUGCCUCCACCAUCGUCCUCUUCUCUGGGGGGACUCUGGCGGCCCCCAAGGCUAAACCAAAGCUUUCCAUGUAGUGUUUGCCCCGGGGAAUGGGGGCUGGGCUGGUGCCCCCCUGGGUAGGUGAGCUAGGGGGAGACGCCCUCUGGUGCCACCUUUCACUCUUCAUUUUCAAGUUGGUUUCCUGGUCCUGUUGCCCAAGCAGGUGCCGAGGAGCCGGGGACUGGACACCCCGGGGUGGGGCUGGGAAGAGAGAUGACCUCGAGCCUUCCUCCCACCCUCUGGAAUCUGGCUCGUUUCCUUGGCCUCCAGCUCCCGGGGGUGGGGGUUAGGGAGGGCCCUCAUGCUGGGCCAAGGCUGGCUCCCCCCAGUUCUGCCCGCCUUGUGGCCUCCCUUGGAGGGCAGGAAAGCGCAGAGGCCUGGCCUCCGCGUACAAACGCACACCACCCUCGUCUGUGCCUUAUUCGUGAAGCUGGGUGGGCACACGUGUGCCCACAAACUGGAAUCCUGGUGCUGUGGAUGGCUUUGCUUGGGAAGCCCCAACCUCGACACUCCCCUGCCCGACCCCUGGGAAACGUCUUUGCACAUGCCCCUCCAGGUGGGGGCAGCACCCCUUCUCUGUCUUUUCUCCCCUUUCUGCGGCCCUCUGUCAUGCCCCGCUCUGGCCUCCCGGCAUGUGGAGAGCCGGGCUCUCCUAGGGGUGCCCGCGAUCUCUGCCCCAUCCCCAGGGAGGAGCCUCCAUUCUUCCCUCGCGUGGUUUUAAAGAAAUCUCCUUCUCAAUAAAGCACUUUGCCAUCCCUGGA